CUGCUGCCAAGUUGUCCAUCGGGGUACGUUUGCAGGUGCUUUAAGAGAGCUUUCGUCAAUGCUAUUGUGUUUUGUAGUGCAUGGUGUCUUCUGGCUCCAGUAAGAUGUUAGAGCCAUCCAGUAGAGGAGACGGUUGUGUGUCUGAGCCGCGAUCAGAGGCGGCGGUGGAGACGGAUCGCUUUGGCUUUCUUCUGGCCAAUGGAUCCGCAUCUGGGAGCGGCCCGCCCCCUGAGCUGGUCCGGCAGAGAGAGGCCAAGUGGAUCCACAUCAUCAGCCAAUGGGAUCACGUCUUGCAAAAGAAAAACAGCAAAGUCAAGGAGCAGUGCCUGAAGGGCAUCCCAGCCUCCCUGAGGGCCAAGGCCUGGCCCCUGCUGUGUGGGGCCACGCAGCUCAUGAAGGACAACACAAGCCUCUACCAGUCUCUUGAUUCCAGGCCGGCUCUGCAGAGCUGGGUGGACAUCAUAGAGCGGGACCUGGACAGACAGUUCCCCUUCCACGAGAUGUUUGUCUCAAAGGACGGCCAUGGGCAGCGUGGGCUGUUCCGGGUGCUGAAGGCCUACACUCAGUACCAGCCCGACGAAGGCUACUGCCAGGCCCAAGGGCCCGUGGCAGCAGUGCUCCUGAUGAACAUGCCUGCGGAGGAGGCCUUUUGGUGCCUGGUGCAGAUCAGUGAGCAGUACCUGCCCGGGUACUACAGCCAGCUGCUGGAGGGGGUCCUGUUUGACGCGGCCAUGCUGAGCUGGGUCCUGAAGAGGGCGUGUCCACCCGCCCACAGACACCUGCAGCGCUACGGCGUGGAGCCGCUCAUGUUCGCCACUGAUUGGCUGAUGUGUCUGUUCACCCGCCACCUCCCUUUCAACACACUGCUGCGCGUCUGGGACCUCUUCUUCUGCUAUGGCGUGCGGGUUCUGUUCCAGGUGGCCGUGGUGCUGGUCCGCAGGGUGCUUGGGCGGGCCGACCAGCGGCAGGAGUGCUUAGGGCAGAUGGAGACUCUGGAGCGGCUGAGGGGCGUCAGGGAGAGCCUGGGGCUGGAGGACGACGCCAGCUUUAUGGCCGAGGUGUGCUCUGUUCCGCUCUCCAGGAGCGACCUGAAGCGACGCACCGAGAAGGAGCUGGAGACCUGGCGGAAAGACCGGCCCUCGUCCACCUUCGACCCCAGAGGCCGUUGCCAUGGCUACUGGGCGUCGAGGGAGACGUUGGGAGAGGAGCGGGACCGGAGAGGCGUCAAUCUGUCCGCUCCACUGGUCCGCUCGGCCUCCGCCCUCUCCCUGUCCCCCUCGCUCUUUCGCAAGCGAUGGGGGAAGCGAAGCGACGCAGCAAGGGUGGAGAGACAUCACUCCAUGGGCGUGCAGGGGGUGGGGAGGGAGGGCUGGCCGAACGCCAGGGCACUGAGGGUGACCAGGGUCCGAGAGGAGGAAGACGGGCAUAAAGCGCCUGGCAACCUGCAGAGUCGCAGGGAUACAGAAUCAACGCCCCCGACCGGGAGGAGACCUCCCCAAAGGGAGAAAGAACCAGGGGAGAACCAUGAUUCUGAAAGGAACACUCUCAAAGGAGAACCAGGAGAACAGGUGGGGAUCGGACACAGGACCAGGGAGGAGCAGGGAGAACAAAGUCCAGGAGGCUCAGGGACGGUGCAGGAAGUGAUUCAACAUCAUCCUGACUUAAGAGAGGGAGCUGCUGGGGGCGGAGCCACACAACGAUCAGCUGUUAACCUUCAACCAAGAACACUGAAGGACAACAACCAAACACAAGUACCAGUGGAACAGGAUCUGACGGACAACAACCAAUCACGAGUACCAGAGGAGCAGGAUCUGAAGGACAACAACCAAUCACAAGUACCAGAGGAACAGGAGCUGAGAGACAAUAACCAAUCACAAGUACCAGAGGAACAAGAGCUGACUGACAAUAACCAAUCACAAGUACCAGAGGAACAAGAGCUGAGAGACAAUAACCAAUCUCAAGUACCAGAGGAACAGGAGCUGAGAGACAAUAACCAAUCACAAGUACCAGAGGAACAAGAGCUGAGAGACAUCAAUCAAUCACAAGUACCAGAGGAACAGGAGCUGAGAGACAACAAUCAAUCACAAGUACCAGAGGAACAGAAGCUGAGAGACAACAAAUCAGAAGUUCAGGAGGAGCAAAAGUGCAACAUCAAGCCAAAUCCGAAAGAGGAAGUAUCUCAAAAGAAGCAGAGAGUGAAAACCCUUUAUGAGAUGGCAGAACAGGUAGCACUCUGUAGAAACCUGGUGGCGGGCCAGGAACAGAGGAGUGAGACAACUACCGAUACAAAUACAGACACAGAGUCACAGGCAGCAGUAGAUAACACUGAACAACAGUCAGAGGCGACACCAGGACAGGAGACAGUGACGCAUACGGACAUAGGAACUACAGAGUGGGAGUCUGUGGCACACAAAAGUACAAUAGAGUCCCCCGCAGAACAGGGCCCAGCGGUGAUGAUACAGGAAGUCAAAGAUGCAGCGGAGGGACGGACUGAAACGGAAGCGCCGACCGCCAACCUCAGUAGCACGCAGAAACAAACCAACGUGGGCUCAGACAAUGAGGAUGUUGACGGUGGAAAAAUGGUUAUUUUCAAAAGUGAAGCUUUGAAAGAGAAUACGUUGUCUUUUCAAGAGGUUGGAGUACUGAUACACAAAGGUGUUCCGCAGAGUGGAGAGACGAGAGAAGGGGACUGCACCAUGACAGCGAUACUCCUGGAGACCACGGUGGUCCCUGAGGCGAGUGGAGGCACACGGGGUACGGCCGAGGCCUCAUGUUCAGAGAGAGCCUCCGCACAGGAAGACGCUUUAUGUUUCGGAAAUAAACUUCAGGACAAACCAGUUUUGGAAACAAAUGCAGAGACUGAGGAAGACAACGACAUGAAAACAUGCGACCAAACAGCUUUACUAGAAGUCCAGGUCAGCCCUAGAUCACCGACUGGUGACAGAAUGUGUUAUCCACCAACAGGGGCUGCAGAACCACUCGCCACUGAAGAACCUGCCGUUCAGGCGUCUGCCAAUGAUAAAGAACCAGUAGACUCAUCGGAGGUCACCUUGACCCCCGACCCCUCCACCCAGCAGCCCUCAGGGGGCAGUGAAGACCGGGGAGCCCGGCAACGGAUCCAGGAUGCUCCCCUUUCCAUGGGGGCGGGGCCUCCAGUCAGUUUGUGCAUCCCUGUAAGCGCGCCCCUGUCAAGCCAAACCCCAACACCUUCUGGGGACUUCCGUGUGCGUAAGACCUCCCACGGCUCAAGGUUGGCACGCAGACUCUCUGAGGACAUCUUCACCGCUCUGGAGACGUCCCGGUUCAGACCCGAUCCAGACCCACAAAAAGGACCUCCAGCUCCAAGCCGGCCAGGCCUACGGUCCCCUCCGCCUGGAGCCCUUUCUGCUCUUCCUCCACCACAGGGACCCACAGGUGGGGGGACCUCCGAGGAGCCCCCCAGCCGCCCAGGGUUCUUCAGCCGACUGAGAGGAGGGCGUCCCAACCGCCACAAAGACACAAAGGCCGAGAGGGCGAACACUCAAAAAAUACAGAUCCCCAAAAUCUUCCUCCAGGACUUCAGCAGCGGGGUUGGGGAGGAGCGACCCCUGCAGGAGCCAGAGGAGCAGCAGGAGCUGCUGAGCUCCAGGGGCCGCCGGAGGAGGCGCAGAGAGAGGGAGCUGAAGGAGAGAGAGGAGGAGAAGGAGAGGAGGAGAGUGGAGAAAGAGCUAAAGAAGGAAGGGAGGAAGAGGGACAGGAAAGCAGAGUGGCCCAGGGGGAAGAAGCUAACCCCGACCUCCCCGGGCAGCCUCUCAGGGGCUCAGCAUAGCUGCUCGUCUCCACACAGCGACUCAUACUUCUGAGGAACCCUCCCCUGCCCCGCGCCAUAGAAAUAAUAACGACAUUUUUUUUUUGUAUCCAGCGCCAAACAAUGUCUGUUUUAUUUUUGUGUGCUGUACUCUGACCAACACUUAGCCCAGUGCUGUAAUAUAACAUCAAGUGUCUCUAGUCAAAGUUAUUUUAGUAAUGUACAAAAAUUAAAAAUUUAACAGCAUCAGUACAGUUCAAUAAAUCUUUUUGGAAUUCUUUACAUGCAGACGAGUUUCACUGUUUAAAUAAGUCUAGGUAAUAAAAUAACCAACAAACAGCAAACUUAUUUGUCAUUAAGUGUGAGAAUAAAUGAAGAGCAAGUGUUGAAGGUAUCCAUGUCCGUUCCCAUAGAAACGACCGAAGGCCACGAUGUGAACCAUCCCCCUCUGGAUUCAGCCUCACGGGCGACCCCUGACGCCCGAGGCCCUCAGGGGCCCUGCCUUUAGCUGUCCUCACUGUCGAUGGCCUCAGGUCAUUCCCACAGUCGCUGGCCUCAGUGGUGGGCCUGGUCUGACCUCAGGGGCGGGCCUCAGAGGCGGGCUGAAGGCGGGCCCCUCACUGGCCCUGCCUCUAUCCGUCGUCCUCACUGUCGCUGGCCAGCACCUUCUGGCUGCUUGGGGUGUGGCCGCCCAGCGGAGAGCCAGGGGGAUACACCGACCCGAAGAACAGAGACCGGAACUGGAGAGGAAAAACACAGAAGUUUAGUAUGGUAUUGUAGAAAAAGAUUGAAUAAAUCCCAUCCAUUUAUUCCUAUAAUCAUUAUUAUUCAUCUUCGUCCAUCUCUGCAUACAAACAGUGGACAAUAAGUAUUGAUAAUGUCUGCAUAAGAUUAUAUAAUCUAACAAUUAAAAUUCUCACACCCCACACAGUUAAAGGGUUAUUCCGGUGUAAAAUGGAUUUGGGAUAUGUUUUGUAUGAUAACGAGUUGAAACGUUCGUUUUGGAGCACGAAAACCGCAGAUAGACGCUUUCUUCAGUUUGCUGUUUUUAGCUGAUUCUAUCAAAAAGCUAUAAGCUUGGAACGAAGGGGGCAGUGGUUAUGGUAAAAACGAAAUCGCUAUUAUAAAGCACUUAAAAGGCUAGAAGUAGCCCGACACUUCUUUGAUAGUAUAAUAAGGGUCUUAACAUAUAAAACGAGGCAUUGAGAACUUUGUAAGUGUACAGAUUGUUUAUUAAAAAGGACAUUUUAUGCACACCAUCAUUAGAUUACCCGUCAAUGCCAUUUUGUUUUUAAGACUCGAUAAGUAGAUUGGCGAACAUAGAGCUUGCGUGUUGCUGACAGAUGUCACAAUCUCUGUGUACGUCAAUCUACCUAUCGAGUCUUGAAAACAAAAUGGCUUAGACGGGUGAUCUACUGAUGGUAUUGUGUGUAUAAAAUGUUAAGACCCUUAUUAUACUGCCAAAGAAGGGUCGGGCUACGCGAUUUAGUUUUUACCAUAACCACUGCCUCCAUUGUUCCAAGUUUAUAGCGUUUUGAUAGAAUCGGCUAAAAACAGCCAAC